AUGGCAUCCAACCCACAAAACCUGGGACAACAACCACCACACAUCAUCAUAAUCCCACCACCUUUCCAGGGCCACAUAAACCCUUCGGUCCAGCUAGCCCUGCACCUCGCCGCCAAGUGCUUCGUCAUCACUUUCGUCAACACCCAAUUCAUCCACCAUCGGAUCAUCACAUCGGCAAGUAAAAUCGACGGUGAAGAUUUGUUCGCCCGAGCACGCGGGUCGGGUCUUGACAUCCGGUACAGGACGAUUAGCGAUGGGUUUCCCCUGUCGUUUGACCGGUCUUUACACCAGGAGCAGUUUAUGAUGGGCCGGAUCCAUGUGUUACCGGCCCAUGUAGACGAGAUUGUGGGCGAGCUAGUGGGCUUGGAUCCCCGGCCCGCUUGCUUGGUCGCGGAUACUUCUUCGACUUGGGGAUAUGAUGUGGCCCGAAAGUAUGGGCUCGUAUUUGUUUCCUUGUGGACUCAACGGGCGGCGGUUUUGUCGAUUUACUGCCACGUGGACUUGUUGAGGGCAAAUGAUAAUCGCGGAAACGCCAUAGAUUACAUACCUGGUGUGAAGCCAUUGGAACCGAAAGACUUAAUGUCGUUUCUCCAAGAAACCGAUACCUCAUCACCGAUGCACCGAGUAAUCCACAAAGCCUUUUCUGAUGUGAAAAAAGCCGAUUUCAUCCUAUGCAAUACCGUGGUAGAGCUCGAGCCCGAACCCAUUUCCGCGCUGAAUGAAAUCCGGCCCACAUAUGCAAUCGGGCCUUUGUUUGAUUCCCACUACUUCACUAACCCAUCCGUCGAAAUGAACUUGUGGGCCGAAUCGGAUUGUGCGCGUUGGCUUGCUACCAAGCCUCAUGGCUCGGUCGUGUACGUUUCUUUUGGUAGCUUUGUGCACACAAAGCAAGAAGAUAUGAUCAAGACGAUUGCAAACGGGCUCAUGCUAAGCGGGCUUGAUUUCAUUUGGGCUUUGAGGCCCGAGAGAGUGAGCUCGGAGCCCGAUGGGUUUCGGGAGAGUGUUAUUGGGAGUAGAGGUUUGGUUGUGCCGUGGUGCAAACAAAAGGCGAUUCUGUCAAAUUCUGCUGUCGGGGGGUUUUUGACGCACUGCGGGUGGAACUCGAUAAUGGAGAGCAUUUGGGCCGGCGUGCCUUUGAUUUGUUUCCCUUCGGAGAAGUUAGAGAAUGCGAUGACGAGGAAUGGAUCGUCGCGAAUGAAUUUCGAUAAAUUUGUGGAGGAUUUGAAAGCCAAAAUGGAGAAGAAAAAGAUAGAACCAAAAAUGGCAACCAACAAAAACCAGAAGCCACACGCUAUAAUGGUGUCCCUUCACCUUCAGGGCCACAUCACCCCCUUCGUCAACCUCGCCCUCAAGCUAGCUUCCAAUGGCUUCACCAUCACUUUCGCCCAUCUCCACUUCGUCCACCGCCAGAUCUCGAAAUCUCAACCCCCCACCACAGCCGCCGCCGCCGCAUCUGACGCCGACGUCUUCUCCCGGGCCCGGGCUUCUGGCCUCGACAUCCGCUACACGACCCUCAGCGACGGGCUCCCAAUCGAUUACGACCGGGCCGCCAAUUUCGACCGGCACCUCGAAUCGUUCAUGUACCAGCUGCCGGACCACGUGGACGAGCUAGUCGGAAAAUUGAUCGCCGCGGACCCAAAUUCCGACUAUUUCCUGGUCGCCGACAGUCUCUGCAUCUGGCCCGAAAAGAUCGCCCGCAAACACAACCUGGUAAACGUCUCCUUCUGGACAGAGCCCGCUCUAGUCUUCUCCCUUUACUACCACUUAGAUCUAUUGAGAGAAAACGGUCACGUCCCCGUCAACGGCCGGCGGGUAAACGUCAAUUACAUCCCCGGAAUCCCAUCGAUUAACACUAAGGACUUCGUAUCAUAUUUUCACGAUUCAGAUUCAGAUCUAACCCUGCUGCACAAGCUAAUGUUUCGGGCCUUCGAUGCAGUGAAAUCCGCCGAUUUCUUUCUCUGCAACACAGUCCAAGAGCUCGAACCCGAUGCCAUAUCCGCCCUGAAUCGAAAACACCCCUUUUACGCUAUUGGGCCCGUCCUCCCACCGGUCCUCUCCCAAAGCCCAAUAGCGACAAGCCUGCUGCCCGAAUUCGACCCAACGGAGUGGCUAAGCUCCCGAGCCCAAAAAUCGGUUCUCUAUGUCUCGUUUGGUAGCCUUGCAAAGGUAGAUAAGAGUGUGAUUACGGAGAUUGCGAACGGGCUUUUGUUGAGUGGGGUUGAUUUUAUAUGGGUCGUGCGGCCCGGGAUAACGGGUAAUUUUGCGUGUUGUGAUGGGAUUUUGCCGGAUGGAUUUGAGGAUAGUGUGAGGGGUAAAGGGUUAAUCGUGCCAUGGUGCGAUCAAAAUCGGGUCUUGUCGAGCCCAGCUGUCGGUGGAUUUUUAACACAUUGUGGGUGGAAUUCGGUUGUCGAGAGCAUUUGGUAUGGUGUGCCGAUGAUUUGUUAUCCCGUUUUUACGGACCAAAUAACGAAUCGGAAAUUGGUGGUCGAUGAUUGGAGGGUCGGGAUUAAUUUGUGUGAUGGUGAGGUUAUCACGGGUGAUGAAGUUAGGGAUAAGAUCGGGAUUUUGAUUAGUAGCGACGGGGAAAGGUCGAAUGAGUUGAGGAGUGAAAUUGGGAAAGUAAGGGAAGUUAUGAAGAAUGGAGUGUCAAAAGAUGGGAGUUCUGAGAGGAAUUUUGCUUCUUUUGUUGAGGAUGUGAAGGGGGAGAUAGUAAGGAGGAAAUUACUUCAUGGAUGUGAAGAAAAAAAUAUGGACUUUGUUGGAGGGGGCCUAUUUGCGACAGGGAUUGCAGUACAAAUUGAGCCAAACUUGGCCAUGCAAUAUAGUUUUAGACUUAGCAGAAAUUGGGAAUAUAUAGCAUGCAAAAGAAGCAGCAGAUUAUAUCAGUAUGGACGUGAAAUUAAUGAAAGGAACUUUAAG